AAAAUGCUGAUGUGAUCCUUACAGCCAGACAGAUGGCUGUCUGGGCUUAGAUGGUGGAUGUGUCCUGCAGGUGUUUCCAAUACUUCUCCUGGAGGGCCACUAUCCUGCAGAGUUUAAAUACUAAUUAAGCACAGCUAAUCAAGUUCUGUAGUAUACGUCCAGGCAAUUGUGUUGCAGCAGGUUGAAACCAAACUCUGCAGGACAUUGUCCCACCAGGAACAGGAUUGGACGUGGAAUAGUUGAUUUAAUGGAAUAGUUUACUCAAUGAUAAUUUACUCACCCUAGUAUAAUUCUGAACUCACAUGACUUACUUUCUUCCAUGGAACACAAAAGGAGAAGUUUUGAAGAAUGUCUAGACUGCUCUUUUACAUUGAAAGUGAAUGGGGACGGAUGCUAUUGAGCUCCAAGUAUAAAAAGAAACACCAUGUUGUCCAUUCAAUUUGUAUACUGUAUUCCACGUCUUCUGACUGAAGCCAUAUGAUUUCAUAUGACAAACAGGCUGAAAUUUUAGUCACUUUUCACUGAAAUUCUUCCUCCUCCACUGUAGUUCUCUAAUCUCAUUUGCACAUAUUCAAACUUGAUGUGGCAUGUUUGGUUACAAGACAUGCAAGAUCCAUUGCUGUUUGAUAUAAAACCUGCCAUGUCUUAAAGUUUGAAUAUGCAGAAGUACAAAUAAUAAUAUUUGAGAGCUAUUACAGAGGGAAUGGUUAUCUGUGAAUAACUAAUUAACUUUCAGCCUGUUCCUGUUUCAGCAUGAGCAAAUGACAGACUUUCCUUUUUUUGGAUGAACCAUUCCUUUAAGGAUGCUGCUGUCAAAGCUUUGAGUUGGUUGCCAUAGCAAGGCGUCCAUUUUGAUGUUACAAUAUUCCCCAGGGAGCAAACGCCCCACCCUAGACCGCUGUGCCAGAGUCAGACUCAUUUUAUCUUGAGUAAGUAUGUGUGCGUGCGUGGGUAGUAUCCAAUAGGGAAUAUUCAAGGACUGAGGCUCAUUAGCAGGUUUUUACUACGUUCCUAGAAAACAUCAUUUCCAAGCACAACUCAGAUUCUAAAUAGCUCCUGCAUGCCCAGACUUACAACAUCCACUCCUGUUAAAAAAAAAAAAAAACUCAAAAACACAAACAGUCAUGUGUGCCUGGAUUUAACUGUUUUCUCUGCUUGUGCAACUCAGUGGGUGUGGGAGUGUGUAUGUGCAUGAGGGUGAGUGUCUAUAGACUGACUGCCCCCCUCCUGCUUUUCUUUUGCAGUCUUUCAAACCCGGAAUAAAAGGGAAAAUUCCUUUGAGUAGGUGCUGAAUGCGUGCGCCACAUACCUCUCUCUCUCUCUGUCUCUCUCCCCCCAGCAUUGUUUGGAGCCCUGGAGGAGGGGGUGGGUGGGGUCUCAGUGCCUGCAAGCAUCUCUCUCUUUCUACAUCCCUCUCUCUCCCCCUCCGUCCCUCCCCCCAUCCACUGCUUUCAUCCAAGAGCGAUGAGGUAAUCCCUGCCAGCGCUGUGAAGCAUAGCAAGCGCUAGAGUGAGAGUAAGAGGCAGUGGAACUGAGUGGGAGAGAUACAUUGAAAGUCAGAGAGGGAGAGAGAGAGAUCGAGACAUUGAGAAGGGAGAGAGAGGAAGCCGGUGCAGAUCUGGGAUGACGCUGGCUCCAGUGAAACAGCGAUAGCACUGAUCAGUUGCGGCAGUGGCUUGAGCGCGGGUGAACGCUAGGAGAUAGGGCAUGACCCGGGGCUUCUAGUGGACUCCAGGGGUGGAAGAGCCGAAGAGAGGAGGACCGGAGCCAUGACGGAGAGAUGCAGCCUGUGGAGUGCCCUGUCAGCCGCUGCCUGCUGCUUCUACAGGGGCUCCUUCAUGCAGGUGCAGAUGGCAGCCAUACAGACUGCUUCAAGACUACAAACUUCACAGUCAAGAGUCAUUACACCUAAAUUUGACUGCAAAGCACAAGAGGGAGAAGAAGUGCAGAGAAAAGACAGAACGAGAGAGAAACAGGAGAGAAGGGGGGAGGAUACAAAGAUUGAGUUCUCCAAGGAGAAGUACCUGCUGGAGUCACCCCCGGAGAAACUCAGGAAGGAGCUUGAGGAGGAACUUAAACUUAGUAGCAGUGACAUGAGGAGCCAUGGCUGGUACCAUGGACAUAUUCCACGAGAGGCUUCAGAAACUUUGGUUCUACGUAGCGGCGACUUCCUCGUACGGGACUCCCUGUCGACCGUGGGUGACUAUGUCCUCACGUGUCGCUGGCAGCAGGAAGUGAUUCACUGUCGGAUCAGUAAAGUCCUGGUCAAAAGCGGACAAAGCAAAAUCCAGUACAUGCUGGAGCAUGAGAGCUUCGACUCUGUCCCCACACUGGUCAGGCACCAUGCUGGCACGGGUCGACCCGUGUGCCCACGCACUGGAGCCCAACUGCUGUGUCCAGUCAACCGAACGCUGCCGCUGAGAUACCUGGAAGCGACGUUUGCUUUAGCUGGUGGGAGACCAGGAUCUGCACAUUCACCAUCAGCCCAGAGGGGGGCGCACAUCAAGAGACGUAGUGUUACUAUGACAGAUGGACUUACAACAGAGAAAAUCAUUCCUCACAGUGCCGCCCAGUCUACAGAGCCAGAUGAGCCUCAGACAGUCGAGCCAGUGGUGAAACCAGCGGAGGGCAGCAGCUGCCCCUCUACGGUGCACCAUAAGGAUGCCAUGAGGAACUGCGCCAUGAGCAUGGAUCAGAUCCAAGAGUACCGCUGCCCACUGUCCCCUGUGGGGGAAGCGCCUCUAUCCCCUGCCUACAGCUCCAUUUCCCGACACAGACAUGGCUCAGGUGGGCGUGUCCUCGCCGUGAUCCCGCCUUCUCCAGUCAUGCGGCGCUCUAGCGAUCCCCAUCUCUCACCAUCCUCCUCCAAUAACAACCUUCCCUGUUCGGACACGCCCCUUAGCACUCACUCCACGCCUGCCCACGGUUACCCAUCCGAGAGUUCAGAGCAAGGUGGCAGCUACUGUGAGCUGAGACCCGGACAAGCCCCCAUUCCUCCCUGCAAGAGCUACGUAGAGAGGCUGAGGGUGGAGGAGGGCCAAAGCCCAGGCUCUGGAGCUCAAGAUGGGGUGGAGGGCUUCAUGCUCCCCCUGGUGGAGACCAGCUCCUCCUUCAAGCCUGGGAAAUACCAGUCGACUCUUCUGCCAGCUGAGAACAAACCUCUGGAGAUGAGUGUGUUGAAGAGGGUGAAGGAGCUGCUGGCGGAGGUGGAUCCCAAAACAGCCGCCAAGCACAUCACCAAGGCCGACUGCAUGGUUGCUAGGAUACUGGGCGUUACCAAGGAGAUGCAGAGGAUGAUGGGAGUGAGCUCGGGGCUGGAGUUGCUGACUCUUCCGCAUGGACACCAGCUGAGGCUGGAUCUGCUGGAGAGGUUUUACACCAUGUCUAUAAUGAUGGCGGUCGACUUGUUGGGUUGUACAGGCAGCACAGAGGAGAGAGCCGCCCUCCUGCAUAAAACCAUCCAGCUGGCUGCUGAACUCAAGAGCAACAUGGGCAACAUGUACGGAUUCGCUGCUGUCAUGAGAGCCCUGGAGCUGCCGCAGAUCUCAAGGCUGGAGCAGACGUGGAUAACACUGAGACAGAGACACACAGAAGGGGCCAUCCUCUAUGAGAAGAAACUCAAGCCAUUCCUGAAGGCUAUGAAUGAUGGGAAAGAGACCUGUGUCCUCUCCAACACCUCUUUCCCUCAUGUGGUGCCGGUGUUGUCCCUGCUGGAGCGCGGUGUGGCGGCAGGGGAAGCGCUGGAGUCGUGGGAGAGUGUGGAGUCUGGUGUGGACGUGGUCAUGAGUCACCUGGAGGCGGCGCGCACCAUCGCUCACCACGGAGGACUGUACCGCACCAACACUGAGAGCAAACUACAGGAUUUCCAGGAGAGGAAGGAGGUGCUGGAAAUCUUCUGUACAGAGUUUCAGAUGAGGCUUUUAUGGGGCAGUCGUGGCUCUGAAGGAAGCCAGGCCGAGCGCUAUGAGAAGUUUGACAAGGUCCUCACCGCUCUAUCCCACAAGCUAGAACCUCCUGUACGACACAGUGAAUUAUAGCACCCCAACACCCACAAAAUGGUAUGAUCCCUGACCUAUCUGUCACUCCUACUCCUGGAUCGGACCAUUAUGCUUUUUGAGGGGAAGCUUUACAGGCAGAAAUGGAGAACAUGACAAUGAGGGACUCAUGCAAAACAAGGCACAAAAGGGGACAGGCUCUAUGCGAGCAUGAUAGCGCCCCCUAAAGAACACAGACGUGAACUACAGCAAUGGAAUGAAAAAAUCUAAAGCCAAAAUCUCUUCUUCAGUGGUGGGACUUCAGCGGUGACCAAGGGCACUUCCUUUUCAAAAAGAGAGAAUGUGAUGAAGUUGACUUUAACCCAAAUGGGUCUGAAUCCUGUUUUAUGUGAAUCCAUGAUUUUGUUCUCAUCAGCUUGUAUGUCAACAAAGAGCAAAGAUGUCUUGCAGAGGUGACGCGUCUCCAUACCGGAGAUGAGACUGCAUCGACGUUACAUAGUCACGAUUUAUUGCUGGAAUAGACUGAACACACACUCACUUGUCACGUGUCUGAAUGUAAGUUGCCAAAUCAUGAAUUCAAACAGAUAUCUGCUGGAUAAAGAGUCUUAUUUUUAUGCUUUUUUUUUUUUUUUUUUGGCUUCACUUUUUUUCGGUACUGUCAUGGCUUUAUCGAUCGAAAUGGAGUUGACAGUUACUGUGAGGAAUUGGUCUUCAUUUUUAAUGAGUGUCUAACAGAUGCUCCCAUUCGCACUCUCUCCAGGUUUGACAGCAUUGCUCCUCACAACGCUUUGGUGUCUGUAUGUGUUAGAGAAGAAGUGUAAGAUAGAAGACAUACUGUUUUCUUUCCUCUACUUCUGUCAUUCUUUGGUUUUUAUUUUUGUCUAAAGGGGUCAUAUCAAAUUGUCCUUUAAAUUUGGAAUAAUAAAGUUCAUUCUGUAACUUUUAUAACUUAACUCAAAAAAGAGCAUUUAUGAAACUAAAAAGCAAAAUUGGAUUCUGAAUUCCGAAGUUCAUUAGCAUAUAACCGCCCACUUUACGCACAUCAACAUUACAUAUUGGGUGUGUAAUAACACUUUACUUCUAAACAUCAGAAGAAAUAAUAAGGGUAAAACUAUGAAAGGGGUAAAAUCCACCACAUAUUGUACUGUUUUUGGUUGUGUGUAGCAUCUACAGCUCUGCAGAUCCUUCAGAAGGAUCCCAAUGUUGGAACAAGUUAAUUUUCAGUGUAAAUUGUUCUAUGAAACUGUUACAUGUGGCAGCGUAAACUAUAUUAGCAAACCCACAGCUCAUGUGUUUCUCAUUUCAAAUAUGAAAGACAUUUGCAGCACAAAAACAGCCUGUUUAAUUAUCAAUCAAAAAGAGAGUGAAAAUACUCAUGAAAAACUAAAUUAUGAAUGGUUGGAGUUCAUCAGAAAUGCACUUCUGGAAAAAUUAAAAUAGCAAAAAUCAUGAUAUGACCCCUUUAAUAUCUUUCAUGACAGACCAUGCUAAUCAAUAUGGCCAUAGCAAUGAGUUUUUAGCUUUUAGAUGCAUAAUGUAUAUUCUCAAUGAGACUGGAUCACAAUGAAUGUCAGUUUGUAGUAAAUUAUUUAAGAGACCCAUAUAACCAAUCCUUACAGAUCAAGUCCAUGUCCGGAUCAUCCAUCCAUUACAAGUUAGAAAAUACAUACAUUCAAGUAUUCAAAAUAAUGUUAUGGCAAUAAUUUAAAUCACAACCUGCUAUAUGGAGGCUCAUUGUGUUGAAAUGCUAAUGCAUAUUGCUCAUAUUUAGGAUUUGGAGUUUCACUAAAACUCCCUAUUUUGACGCACCCGUUUGUCCAACAGAUAUGAAUUAUACCUCAUAUUGUGCUAUUUAUUGAGAAGAGGUGAGCUAUUACUUUUCUAAGUGAUCAUAAUAUGCUUUCCACUUCAGCAUAUAAUAAAAGAGCUAAAAUCCCAUAGACUUCAAUGAGUGAUGCGAGGGAGUGGAAGCAACCACCUAAAACACCCUAGCAACUGCAUAGCAACACCAUGACAUCCCGCUGGCGACUUUUGUACGAGCAAAUACCACCAUUUUCAUCAAGUUUCUGCAGGAAAAAAAAGUUUGACAGAAUUCAGCUAAUAAUAGCAACACAUUCAUUAACCCUUAUUAGUCCAAUACUGUUUUCAUAUUCUUGUAGAUUUAGACAAACAAAACCCAAAGUCACAUACAUAUACCUCUGUCGGCAGUGUAAAUGUUCUACCCUUAUUUGUGGGUACCAUAAAGAGAAAAGUUCUAUGUAUCUGGUUCUAACGCGAUCUAUUGUGUAUCAUAUACAGGCUGCUAUACUUCACACCCAGUCUAUCAAUGCAUACUUCCAGGGAAUUUUCUGAAGGUGUUUUUUCAGGUAUCUUAAUAAAUGCACAUCUUUAAGUAGAUGAUGCUGUCUGUCACAGAUAGGAUAAAAAGUGGAUCGUAUGCAAUUUCACUUUUAGCCAGAAGAGGGCUCUGUUUAGUAAGCUAAAAACAGUAAAUGGACGUAAGUUUUGAACCUUUUGAAAUUUUUUUAAUAAGGCCUGCUGGUCUAGGACUGUAACUUGUGUUUGGUUUCUCUACUGUAAAGGUAAACGUGUAACUAUUUCGUUUUGUAAAUAGUUACCCCUAAACGGUCGAUGAUAGACGAGAUGGACGAGGUCACGUGAUUGCAUCCUUUUAUUAUGUGCUGUACAUACUGGUAUGUCAUGUUUUGCACUCUUUUUUCAAAAAAUAAAAUACAGUAAGCUUG